CUAGAAAUAACAUAUUAACAACUAUAUACCUAUCAAACCCAUUUUCUCUCAAUCCAUUGAUUCUCUUUCUCUCUCUAAGAGAGAUAAUGGCGAUCGCGCCUGGAAAGUACUCAGAAUCUGGUGGUACUGAUGGUGGUGGUGGAGGAGGAGGAAUUGGUGGUGCAGCAGCCUUUUCGUCAGCCAUGAACAGCGGAGGAAUCCGGGGUAAAGGUAUCAUGUUAUUUGGAGUUAGAUUAAUGGAAGGUGGAGGAGGAGGAUCUUCAUUCAGGAAGAGUGCAAGCAUGAAUAAUCUCGUUCAGUAUGACGAACAGCCACAGGAAUCAAAUAUUGAUGCUGCCGGAUAUGCCUCGGAUGACGUCGUUCAUCUCUCAGCGCGAAGUCGAGAGAGGAAAAGAGGAGUACCAUGGACGGAGGAGGAACACCGGUUGUUUUUGGUCGGAUUACAGAAGGUAGGGAAAGGAGAUUGGAGAGGAAUUUCCAGAAACUUUGUAAAAACACGCACUCCGACUCAGGUGGCUAGCCAUGCUCAGAAGUACUUUCUCCGGCGAACUAACCACAACAGGCGACGCCGGAGAUCCAGCCUCUUUGAUAUUACCACUGAUACGUGCCUGAAUUCGUUAAAUGAUGACAUGAAUCAAAAGCCACCAGCAAAUUUAAAAUACGAGCCGGAAAAAUACGUUAUGACAUCUUUUCCAUUAAUUCCAAGUAGGCUACAACUCACUGGAGGCGGAGAUCAUAACUCAAUAGACACUCUCACACUCGGACGUCCAUCUACAACCAAACAAGCGGGAAAUCUUAUGCCUCCAAUCCCCAUACCACCAUCUACCAAAAUGGCCAAACUCAAUUUAAGCACACCGGAUAAUUACAAACACCAUGAACCACCGCUUCCCUUAACACUGAAUCUCACAACAUCCACUUCCACCUCCACGCCCACAACCUCUUCUGACCAACAAUCAUCAUCACCCUCAAGACAUAUUGUUGUCAAAUUUCAAGAAAUGUCUGGUAGCUUUAAUAGUAGUAAUAGUAGUAGUAGUAGUAAUGGAGAUAGCAUCAUUAGUGUUGCAUGAUUUCAUAUUAAUUAAUUAAUUGAAUGUUAUGAUUAAUUAAUAACUUCUGAGUGUUUGUAUUUGUAAAUUAAGUUUGGAGAGGAAGAAAGAUGAGAGAUUUAUUAUAUAAAUUAAGUUCGAGUUAGUUAGGUAUGGGAUGUUAAUUAAUUAAUUAAAUGAUUAAUUAGGAGGUAUAAUAAAUAUGUAAUAGUUUUCUCGUUAA